GUGAAUGAACGUCGAUAUCAGAAUGAUCGAUGCAUGCCUGAAAUGCGCUAAGCAUGCAGCUAGCGCGCGCAUCGCUUAAGACUGAUAAAUUAGGAUAUUCUCGAGGCCACUGCCCAACGAGGCCGAGAAUAGCCCAUCACCCGCAGAAUUUAGCCAUGUAGCCCGCAGCGCUAUAUCUACUCACUGCCCAGGCCUUCUCACUACGCACCAGGACUCAUAACUGUGCCCCCUCGCCCUCCCCCACAUCGCCGACCAUGGCUCUCACCCAAGCCGUCGCCCAACGCCUCAUGUGCGCGUUCUUCAGCAUCAUAUUCUCCUUCGUUCAGUUCUGCUGGUACUUCGCCCAGCAGUACUUCUAUCUGCUGUAUACGCUGUAUCGUGUUGGCUCAGUGGUCGGCGAGACAAGAUGGUUAUUUGCUGAAGGGACAAGACGCUUCCUCCCUGGCGUUCCUCGUCAACGGAAGACGAGACGAGGCAGGAUCACAGCGUCGGACCCGUCGGAUGUCGAGAAAAUGAGGAUGAAGGUAUUGAGCCUCGCGCUUGAGCUGGAUAAGGCCAAGAGCCAAGCGGAGCAAGAGAAGCAGCGGGCCGAACAGGCAGAAGGACAAGCCGAGAUCAGCAAGGCGGAGGUGGAAGGCGCCAAACGCGAGCUGGAAGAUGCGAAACAGGAGCUCGAGCGUUCGAAAGAUGAGGCAAAUCGACGAGCGCAAGAGUUGGAGCAAACCAUCGAGUCGCUCAAGCAAGAGCUUGCCCAGGCUCGGCGGAGAGAGGAGACGUAUCUCCAGGAACGCGAUGCCACGCAAGCGCUCCUUGAGACCCGCCGACUCGAGCUCCAGGCCGCACAUACCUACUUCACUGCCGCCGAUUCCACAUGCGAGACCGACGUCGUCCGCACCCUAAGAACCCUGAACGCCGAGAUUUUCCAGGCUGUCAAAGCGAUGGCGAACUCUUUCAGCUCCGACUACUCCACGCAGCCGGAUGACCAUGCAGUCUCGCAGGCGAGGACGGUCGUCGGGCAGGCGAUGACGGAGAUCCUGUUAACGUUCCAGGAUCACCACGAAGACACGAUCAUGUUAGAGAUGGCGCUUCAAUCGACCAUCACGCUCGUCAUUCGGGGAAUCGUCGCGGAGUGGGACCUUUCGCACUGGCAGACGAACGGAUUUUCCGAUGUCUACAGUCAAAUGGUCCAGUCGGAGAGCCAGAGUGUGGCGGGCCGUUGGCGUGCCCUCACGCGGAAGUAUCUUCCCCAGAAAUCGCGAGGAGGCAGGGACUGGAUAGCCACCUUCAGCAAUGGCCUCGCCGCAUUUGCCUCCUGCAUCCUCAUCGUCGCGGGAGGCAACGGUCACAUAUCGGACCAAAUCGCAGAUUGCAUUAGCACUAUCGUGCGCACCGCAUUGACGCUCCGCACGAUGAUCGGCGAGGACAUUAUCGGGAGCGACUACUUCUUGACUGUGGGCGAAGCUGGGCAGACCUUCGAUAAAGCAACCAUGGAAGACGGGUUCGCCACGAGGGGGAAGACACCGAAGACAGGCGCGAGAGUCCUAUGCCCUUCGGAACUAGGCCUGCGGCGAGUAGAGAGAGACGGUAAGAUAGCCAAGGAGGUGACGUUGGUGAAGGCAAAAGUCGUCGUCGACACAUUCCUAGAGGAGCUGCAAUUCGAGGCAUUGCCUCCACCUAUAACCAAAAAAGAGGAGCAAGAGCCUGAGUACGAUUUCAGAAACCUCGCGCGUAGCGUGUAGCCAUAGACCGUGUAUGUUUGUUUCAAUAGCCACUGUACAAUUCUUCAUUUGUAGCGUUUGGGGAUUGUAGUGGCCAGGAGCCAGGAAUUACAACAUGAAAUGUACCAAGGACUCACGGACGCAGCCCUCCGUCCCGCCCUCUAUCGACCAC